AUGAUUAGAGAACAUGUUGGAUUUAGACCAAAGUAUCUAGUUGAUGCACUAAAGGUGGAGGCUAGCGUUCUUAAGGGUGUUAAAAUAGGUUGUAUUAAUCAUUUAACAGUGGGACAAACUUCAGCACCUUUGAGAGCCCCAAAAUGGUAUAAACGGAAAGCAGGAGUCUCAUUUGGCUUUGGAGGCAAGCUUGUUUCAUUUCACUCUACAGAUGCUUCAGCUGGAUCUUCAGAGGUUCAUUUGCAUAACGUUCUUACUGAACAAAGUCUGGUGAGUCGCUCUUCUGAUUUUGAAGCUGCAAUACAAAAUGGAGAGAGAUCUUCGCUGAGGGUUUUAUGCGAUAAAAAAUCUCAAGAGUCUGAAUCUGAAGAUGAGAGGGAAACUUGGGGCUUCUUGAAGGUAAUGUUUGAAGAUGAUGGAACAGCAAGGACAAAGCUGCUCACACACCUAGGUUUCAGUCUACCUGCUGAAGGAAAAGAUGCUGUGCAAGAUGAUCUCUCCCAGGAGAUAAGUGCUCUUGGUCUAGAAGAAAGGGUAGCAGAUAAAGAAGGAUAUGUGGAAGAUAAAGAAACCACCAUUAGCCCUUUAGAUAAUGGGGAAGAUUUCUUUAACAAUCUUCCCAGCCCUAAAGCUGAUACACCUGUAUCAACUUCUGGUAAUAACUUUGUUCGUGGAGGCCCUGUUCCUGCUGGGGAAGAGAUGCAACAUGAGUUGGAUGGACAAGAGGAAACCAUUGAUCCUUCAUUUGAUGAUGAUGUUCAACGUGCCUUGGUUGUUGGGGACUACAAGGGAGCUGUUGUACAGUGCAUAACAGCAAAUAGAAUGGCUGAUGCGUUAGUUAUUGCACAUGUUGGUGGUGCUUCCUUGUGGGAGAAAACCCGUGAUCAAUACCUUAAGAUGAGUCAUUCCUCUUACCUGAAGGUUGUUUCUGCAAUGGUGAACAAUGAUGUCAUGAGCCUUGUAAACACCAGGCCCCUGAAGUCCUGGAAAGAAACACUCGCUCUCCUCUGCACUUUUGCACAGAGAGAGGAAUGGACUUUGCUGUGCGACACACUUGCUUCCAGACUUAUGGCUGCUGGCAAUACAUUAGCUGCAACUCUUUGUUAUAUUUGUGCUGGAAAUAUCGAUAAAACUGUGGAAAUUUGGUCGAAGAGUCUGGCGACUGAGCAUGAUGGGAAGUCUUAUGUUGACCUUCUUCAGUUUGCACAGAGAGAGGAAUGGACUUUGCUGUGCGACACACUUGCUUCCAGACUUAUGGCUGCUGGCAAUACAUUAGCUGCAACUCUUUGUUAUAUUUGUGCUGGAAAUAUCGAUAAAACUGUGGAAAUUUGGUCGAAGAGUCUGGCGACUGAGCAUGAUGGGAAGUCUUAUGUUGACCUUCUUCAGGAUUUAAUGGAAAAGACUAUAGUCCUUGCUUUGGCAACCGGGCAGAAGCGAUUUAGUGCUUCAGUGUGCAAGCUUGUUGAGAAAUAUGCUGAAAUAUUGGCAAGCCAAGGGCUUUUAACAACAGCUAUGGAAUACUUAAAGCUCAUGGGGACUGAGGAAUUGUCUCCUGAACUUACGAUCUUACGAGACCGAAUUGCUCUCUCUACAGAACCUGAUAAAGAAGUACCCAACACUAUGGCUUUUGAAAACUCUCAACCACAACCAGGAGCUGUAUAUGCCGCUGAUCAAUCCAGUUAUGGGGCUGUUGAUGCCUCUCAAAAUUAUUAUCAGGAAACAGCCCCAUCGCAAUUGCCGCCGAGCAUUCCUAAUAGUCCUUAUGGUGAUAGUUACCAAUCCUCAUUUGGUGCUCCCUAUGGGAGAGGAUAUGGUGCUACUCCUGCCCCCUAUCAGACUGCACAACAGCCUAAUAUGUUUAUUCCGUCCCAGGCACCUCAAGUUCCCCCGGUGAACUUUGUUCAACAACCUCCUGCGCCAACUCAGCCUGCUAUUACACCUUUCGUUCCUUCAACCCCUCCUGCAUUGAGAAAUGUUGAGCAAUAUCAGCAACCAUCAUUGGGUUCCCAGCUGUAUUCUGGGAAUACUAACCCCAGUUAUCAAGCUGGGCCUCCAGGGGUUGGUUCACUUGGUCCGAUGACAUCUCAUGUGGGUCCAACUCCUGGGCAUAAGAUGCCUCCAGUUGCUGCUCCCACCCCAGCAUCUAGGGGAUUUAUGCCAAUUACAACUCCAGGAACACAUAGACCUGGGAUGGGUCCAGUCCAGCCACCCAAUCCUACACAGUCAGUACCAGCGCAACCAGCUGUAGCUCCGGCAGCUCCCCCUCCUACUGUGCAGACAGCUGAUACUUCAAAUGUACCUGCUCAUCAAAGGCCUGUGAUCACAACCUUGAUGAGACUUUUUAACGAGACAUUCGAAGCAUUGGGAGGUUCACGUGCAAAUCCAGCUAGGAAGCGGGAAAUAGAGGACAAUUCAAAGAGAAUUGGUGCCUUGUUUGCAAAGCUUAACAGUGGAGACAUAUCUAAAAACGCUGGUGAAAAGCUUGUUCUGCUCUGCCAAGCUUUGGACAAUGGUGAUUUCAGCACUGCCCUCCAAAUCCAGGUACAACUCACCACAAGUGAUUGGGACGAAUGUAAUUUCUGGCUAAAUACACUCAAACGAAUGAUCAAGACGAGGCAGAAUGUGAGAUAA